UCCCUCCCCCCCGCAGUGAGUUCUCACUCAAAUGAGCCUCCAAGCUGAAGUAGAACACAGGCCUUUCUCACUCAUCAUCUUCAAACCGAGGAGUCUCCCGCUGCCUCUUCGUCUCACCAGAGUGAGAGUGAUCAGGGCCGAUGGGUGGAAGCUGCCUUGAGGGUCAGAACUGGGACCAAUUGGUGAAAAAAUGCAUGAGCUGUCGUCUGCAAUGCCAGAAGCCGUACGCCGUCAGCAGGUGCAUUAGUUAUUGUGAGUCUACACAAUGCAAGCGGCUGCCCGGUCACUACUAUGAUGUGCUGCUGAAGACGUGCAUGAGGUGCGCUGAGGUUUGUGGCAAACAUCCAGCAGAAUGCUCCCAGCACUGCCACACUACGUCACCUCCUGUUAACCCGAAAAUGCUCCUACCGAACUCCAGAGAGUCCUCGGUGCCGAUGGCCCUGGAGGACUCCACGCUCCUGCUCUACUCUCUGCUGGCGCUGUGCAUGGUGCUGCUGUUUUCUAGCUUGUCUUUGGCCCUGGCCGUCUUACUGAGGAGGACCAGGGCCAAAAGCUCCAAGCCAAGAUCCAAGGAGGCCAAACAGAAGCCGGUUGUGCAGCCUGGUGAAAAGCUCGGCCUGCAAGGCGGGCAGCUGGGGCACACUUCUAAAGAUUUUGUAACAAGUUCAGGCUGCCCCCCGAACCGUGAGCAGUCAGAUGACUCCAUCCCGACAGAGACGUGCGUGUGCAUCCACUGUUUCCCGGACCUGAAAGCACUAGGCCAAAGCAAUGACAGGCCACUGGGACCACAGCUCUCCUUCAACCAGCAGGCUGGCCUCCCGGGGGCCCAGACCACGAAGGCCAGGCCUCUCUGGACUGAGCAGAGCCUCCACGGACCAGGAGGGGACAGCAGUGAGAUAAGGUUCCUUUGCUCCCCUUCAAAUUAAAGGGUCUCGCAGGAAAAACCGGAAUGGAUAACCACGUCCCCAACGCACCGGAGAUGUUCACCAGUAUAUGAUAAGAAAGGAUUAAAUCCUUUCUUAUCAUAUACUGAUGGACAUCAUAUACUGAUGAACAUCCUUUCUCUUCACAACGGGGACAUUUUCCGAUGUGACAGCAGCAAGAGAUCAGACAAAAAUAGACGAGUAAUGCAAAUAAACAUGCAAUAAUUAGAAUCUUUUUAUACAGUGUAAAAACAGAAUAUAUACAGUGUGAGAAUAUUUGCAGUGGAAUACUGGAGUUUUGAUAAAAUAUUAAAUGAAAAUAUGGUCUCAAAGGAACACUAUAAAUUCUUUCCCACGUUUAAACAGUAGCCUCUAACUUUGAUUGACAGUAGACUGAGUAGAAUUUGAGAGAAUGGGGCGUCUUUCGUUCUCACUCCUCUCCCUGAACGUCUGCUUAUAACACAAUGAAACUAGUGAGCAGGUAGGAUUUCCUGUGACAAGUGUGAAACUGAUAGUUGGGUGGAGCUUAAAUUGUCAGGAUCAGGCCCAGCGAGUUCAAGAGUCAUGCUGAAGUGUAGAUCAGCUAAAAGGCCUUAAGGAGCUUUAACAACUUCCUCGUUUGGUUCCAGACCUUCGGACAUCUCGGCUUAGUCCAAACCAAAAUACCAGGAGUGAAAGGAGCCUCGGACCACAGUCCAGAUCAAUGGGCCAAAGUUUAGUUCAAUCAAAAGAGAAGGUCUCAGUCCGGAUCCAACUGAGCCCUGGUUCGGUUUGUUUGCAGUGGGAAAACUCUUCUUUGGAUCGUUCAGACUUGCAGUAGAUAUGUUUGAAUGAUAAGGAUGGUAGUUAUAAUACUAUAGUGAUAUUACAGUUAGAAUUAAAUGACCAUUUCACAGAGCCCAGCAACAUUUGAUUGCUAACUCACUGUAAUCAUAAUUUCAGAAAAGCACGUUCAUGACUGACUCGUGUUUUCUUCACUGAGUAAAACUCAUCAUUCAACAACUCAUAACAAAUUGAGUAAACCUGUAAAUUAGUAAGCAAUGACUGGGCAGAUGACACAAUGUGUUCAUCAGAACAAUCUGCCACAUGAACGAAUACAAACAAAAAAAACCUGUCAAGUGUUCUUAUUGUUACCACCACUGGGAGUCGCCAAAGUCAAUAAUGUUCAACUUCUUAUGGGACUUUGUAGCAGACGCUGUCUGUAUUGUAGGCACAGAAUACUGUGUGUACGUGUAAUAUAAAAAGAACAAUAUGUAUCAUCAUGAUAAAUAAAUGUAUGUAUCAUUAAGAUAAAUAAAAAAGCAACACAAAGGA